AUGCCUCCUAAGAGUUCGCAGACUCCUAAACUGAUGAUUAAGUGGGCCUCUAAGCCAAGGAAUAUGAUUAGUAUUCGAGUGCACUUUAAUAAAAGGAACAUACUGAUAAUGGGAGGAGAGGAGAAGAUUGUUAAGGGACAGCUGUGUAUCAUCGAUGUUGUCAUCAUUAAAAUGGACAAAGUCAAUGAGUUAAUGGACAAGGCUCCUGGUGAAGAAGCUGUCAAAACCACCCUGUGCUUGUUGGACAAAAGUGAUUUAAUCAUACUUAGUGAGAAGGCAGCUUUGAUGAAAAAUGCUAUAUCCACACUCAUGCUAUUUGAAGCUGUGACUACUAAAAUGAGUGCUGAAAAGAAUGUCACUGGCUUUAAAGUCAUCCCAUUAUCAAGGGGUCUGCAACGACUUACUGCCACUAGUACAAGUGUCCUGGGUGUCAAUCUCAAUAAUCAAAUCGGAAAUAGUUUUCCAUUAGGAAUGGAGGAGAAUUAUCUGAUAGCUAUCCCCACUUUACUUGAUCCACGAUUUAAAAAGGCAGCAUUUACUGAUAGAAGUAGAGUGGAAAGAAUGUCUCGAGUAUUAUUAAAUGAGGUAGUUGCCUUACAUCAACAUCCAGCACCUGAGGCUGAUACAGGAUCUGUGCCGUCCACAGCAGAUGUUGAGACUACUUGCCACGGUGAUGCCAGUGUAUGGCAGUUUUUUGAUCAAAAAGUGGAACACAUAUUUUCCCAGCAAAUGCCAUCAACGUCAGCAUUCAUGGAAUUAGAUCAAUACUUCAAAGCACCAAUUCUUUCAAGGCAAGAAGAUCCAUUAAAAUGGUGGAAGACAAUAAACACAUUUAUCCCAACGUAG